GAGAUGUCGAGAUUGUCGAUGAUGGUGGAGAUGAUCACUGGAGUGAGGACUACAUGCGUGAGCUCUGCAAGUCCGUGCUCCUCCCCCUUGUCGAGCAGUGGAAGGUUGAUGUCAAAGUCGAGCUGGGUAAGUCUGUCUCGGAGUCGGUGGCCGAUGGGAACAAGUCUGUCCUUGAGCUGCUGGAUGGGGUCCGCAAGGUCGUGGCCGACAACCAGCGCGUCAUGGACGACAAAAUUAUGUCUGUGGUACGGCCUCAGGUGGAUGUUGCAUCCCGUCGUCUCCAAAACCAGCUGGACGAGCAGCGCGCGCGCAUCGAUGCGAAUACGGCCCCUCUCGGUGAACAUGAUUCCCAGUUGCAGGCUCUGCAGACCAGGAUGGCGGAGAUGGAGCAUGCCUUGGCGUUGGCGCAUCAGGAGUAUGACAUCGCCGUUGUGGGUGUUGAGCCUGCCCGCCGUUGCUUGCUCUCCUUCAACGGCCCACCUGCGCCGGCGGCGCGGAAGGUCUCCAAGGCGUUGGCGGGCCUCAGGGACGGGAAGCAUGGGAAAGAGUUCACGGUUGGUGUCUCUGGCGGCCCAGAUUGCAGGCUCUUCUUGGGGCCUGACAAGAGCCCGAAGCAGAUUCGCAUUGAGAUCCUUCUCAGGCGGUGUCGACAUGAGAUGUCGGAACAGUACCCUUCGGCGAAGUUGUUCACGGAUCGUGAACGUGGAGUGCUCAUGGUGGGAUGGGAUAAGAUUCUCAAGAUCGAG